UUUCUAAGCAUUGCAUUAUAUUAUUUGAUGUGUGUAUAAUAUAAACAUGUGUUGAUGAAAGUGCUUCUGUAAAAUGACGGACCCUUGGUAUUCAAUUAGGAAAUCAACAAAAAACUCGCAAAAUUCAUUUGAAGAUAAUUUCACCAAUUUUGCACAGUGUCCGGUCUUUCCACAAACCGGUAAUUGCGAAUGUCAUUUGCGUGAUUCCAACAAUUACAUACAAAGCUUAGAACGUAAAUUGGAAAAAUUGAAGAAAGAUUCUAAAUUAGUGGAUGCCUUAUCAGAAAAGCGUGAAGAUUGUUGGCGUUCUUUAUUAAGGAGCGAGGUUAAUCGAAGUUCAAGUAAUGGUGUGCUGAUCGAGCUUGAAGAACGUGUUUCGGAUUCGAAUUCUGCUAUACAAAGUUUGUAUCGACAAAUUCAACCGAUCCAACCCAUAACAGUGGGUGAAACUGUUCAUAUAUUAAAAUUUGAGCAACUGGAGCAGCAACAACGUUUGGAGGACGAAUCUACUGAAAAGGAGGAAGAGAGUAGACGACAGUCAUCCGAAAAGUAUUAAAUCAUAAAUGAAGCUUGGAGAA